AUGUUUGAGCCAGUUACACAUAAACCACAAGAACUAGCCCAGAGAAGGUACUGUGAUUGCGAAGAUCGACCUGACAUUGCGAUCAUGGAUCCAGUAACUGGAACAGACGUCGAACUAGAUGUGUCUUUGGCCCACCCAUGGUGUGCCGAUAUCUUGUCAAGAGCAGCCCGAGAAGACGGGGCAGCAGCGGUAAGAAGGGAAGAGAGGAAAGUCGAGAAAUACCAGUCGAAGGUCCUGCCAGGUGGAUUAUGCCUCAAGUUCGUGCCUCUAGUUAUGGAACACUUCGGUCGUUGGGGGAGACAAGCACAAUCAUUCCUGUCUCAAUUACCUCAACUAAGUAAAACAUCGACCUUGGUAACAGUGAACAAGAUUUCAAGUGCUACUGGAGAAGAAGAUUCGCUGUAGCUCUCCAAAGGUGCAACGCAAAGGUUCUCAUCCAGAAGAUGAACCACUCACGAAGCAAAGAAAAUGACAUUAGUGACAUAUGUAGUGUCCAAUUGCAUGCAACCUAAGUUGAUAAUUUUUUAGAGACCCGUGUGGGUCUAAUUGAUAUAUAACGCACUUUCGUAUCUAUAGCUUGUAAUAGUUCAUAUGUAUGAAAUAUAAAGAUUUGACAGACAGACAGACAGACAGACAGACAGACAGACAGACAGAAGAGUGAUCAAGUGUUAUAGCUGUGGUUU